GCCCAGACAAACUUGCCGAGGAUUGGCUGAGCCUUCAGUUUUGAAAAUCAUAGAUUUCGCCCGCGCUGCGCCUCCCGGUUGUUGCUUCCGUGCGGUGAGCCCCGAAGUCCAGGAGCCGAGCGGGUCUGGGCAAGCGGGUCUUCAAGCUAGGGAGACCACCAGACUUGGAUCGCAGCAGCUUUCAGGGGACGCGGCGCAGUCGAACAGAGCCACCAUGGGGACAACAGCCCCAGGGCCCAUUCACCUGCUGGAGCUAUGUGACCAGAAGCUCAUGGAGUUUCUCUGCACCAUGGACAAUAAGGACUUGGUGUGGCUUGAGGAGAUCCAGGAGGAGGCCAUGCGCAUGUUCACCAGAGAAUUCAGCAAAGAGCCAGAGCUGAUGCCCAAAACACCUUCUCAGAAGAACCGACGGAAGAAGAGACGGAUUUCUUAUGUUCAGGAUGAAAACAGGGACCCCAUCAGGAAAAGGUUAUCCCGCAGAAAGUCUCGGAGCAGCCAGCUGAGCUCCCGUCGUCUCCGCAGCAAGGACAGUGUGGAGAAGCUGGCCACACUGGUGGGGGAGAAUGGCUCCGUCCUACGGCGUGUAACUCGUGCUGCAGCUGCAGCGGCUGCGGCCACCUUGACAUUGGCUGCACCUUCGCCCACCCCUGAGUCUCCCACGAUGCUGACCAAGAAGCCCGAGGAUAGCCGUGCCCAGUGCCAGCUCGUGCCCAUGGUGGAGAUUGGCAACAGCGAGCGCCAGAAUGCUGAGCAGCACCUCACCCAGCUCAUGUCUGCCCAGCCUCUGCCUCAUGCUCUGUCUCCAACUCUAGCUUCAGCCGCAGCCACAGCUCCAGCCUCCCAGGGCAUCCUGACAUCGGAUGAGGAAUCAACACCCAAGAAGUCAAAGGCCAGGAUACUGGAGUCUGUCACAAUGAGCUCCCUGAUGACUACACCCCAGGACCCCAAGGGUCGAGGGGUCGGGACGGGGCGGUCUGUGUCCAAGCUCAGGAUUGCACAGGUCUCCCCUGGCCCACGGGACUCGCCGGCCUCUCCAGACUCUCAGUGGCAGGAGCGGGUGCUGGCUCCCAUCCUGCCGGAUAAUUUCUCCACACCCACGGGCUCCCACGCCAACUCUCGGCCGGUGCGGCGCAGCCUGAUCGCCCCAUCCUCCCCAGGUCCCCAAGUCUCAGCCCAAAAGUACUCUCCGGUAGCCAAACAGGAAAGCGUCUGCAGGCCGGUGGCCAAACAGGAAAGCGUCUGCAGGGCAAGCAGAAGGCUUGCCAAGAAGACUGCCGAAGAGCCGGCUCCCUCUGGCCGCAUCAUCUGUCACAGUUACCUGGAGAGGCUCCUGAAUGUUGAGGUGCCCCAGAAAGUUGGUCCUGAGCAGAGGGAGCCUCCCGAGGAGGCUGAGCCUGUGGUGGCAGCUGAGCCAGAGGUCCCUGAGAACAACGGGAAUAACUCGUGGCCCCGCGAUGACACCAAGAUUGCCAAUGGUACACCCAACCCGAAGCUUGCAGCCAGCAACCAGGAAACACCCUCUGCGGGGCAGCAAGAGGCCAAGAUGGACCAAGCAGAUGGACCCAGAGAGCCACCGCAGAGUGCCAGGAGGAAGCGCAGCUACAAGCAGGCGGUGAGUGAGCUGGACGAGGACCAACACCUGGAGGAUGAGGAGCUGCAGCCCCCCAGGAGCAAGACCCCCUCCUCACCCUGCCCGGCCAGCAAGGUGGUACGGCCCCUCCGGACCUUUCUGCACACGGUGCAGAGGAACCAGAUGCUCAUGACCCCGACCUCAGCUCCCCGCAGCGUCAUGAAGUCUUUCAUCAAGCGCAACACCCCCCUGCGCGUGGACCCCAAGUGCAGCUUCGUCGAGAAGGAGCGGCAGCGCCUGGAGAACCUUCGGCGGAAGGAGGAGGCUGAGCAGCUGCGCAGGCAGAAGGUGGAGGAGGACAAGCGGCGGCGGCUGGAGGAGGUGAAGCUGAAGCGUGAGGAACGCCUCCGCAAGGUGCUGCAGGCCCGAGAGCGGGUGGAGCAGAUGCAGGAGGAGAAGAAGAAGCAGAUUGAGCAGAAGUUUGCUCAGAUCGACGAGAAGACUGAGAAGGCCAAGGAGGAAAGACUGGCGGAGGAGAAGGCCAAGAAGAAGGCAGCGGCCAAGAAGAUGGAGGAGGUGGAGGCGCGCAGGAAGCAGGAGGAGGAGGCCCGUAGGCUCAGGUGGCUGCAGCAGGAGGAGGAAGAGCGACGGCACCAAGAGCUGCUGCAGAAAAAGAAGGAAGAGGAGCAGGAGCGGCUGCGAAAGGCAGCCGAGGCUAAGCGGCUGGCAGAGCAGCGUGAGCAGGAGCGGCGGGAGCGAGAGCGGCGUGAGCAGGAGCGGCGGGAGCAGGAGCGGCGGGAGCAGGAGCAGCGUGAGCAGGAGCGGCGGCGGGAACAGGAGCGGCUCCAGGCCGAGAGGGAGCAACAGGAGCGGGAGAAGGCCCUGUGGUUGCAGAAGGAGCGACAGCAGAGGGAACUGGAGGAGGAGAAGAAGAAGGAAGAGCAGCAGCGUCUGGCUGAGCGGCAGCUGCAGGAGGAGCAAGAGAAGAAAGCCAAGGAGGCAGCCGGGGCCAGCAAGGUCUUAAACGUGACUGUGGACGUGCAGUCUCCAGCUUGUACCUCAUAUCAGAUGACUCCGCAAGGGCACAGGGCCCCCCCCAAGAUCAACCCAGAUAACUACGGGAUGGAUCUGAAUAGCGACGACUCCACCGAUGAUGAAGCCCAUCCCCGGAAACCCAUCCCCACCUGGGCCCGAGGCACCCCGCUCAGCCAGGCCAUCAUUCACCAGUACUACCACCCGCCGAAUCUUCUGGAGCUCUUUGGAGCCAUUCUCCCGCUGGACUUGGAGGAUAUCUUCAAGAAGAGCAAGCCCCGCUAUCAUAAGCGCACCAGCUCCGCUGUCUGGAACUCACCGCCCCUGCAGGGUGCCAGGGUCCCCAGCAGCCUGGCCUACAGCCUGAAGAAGCACUGAGUCUGGCCUGUGGCCUUCUUGGCGACCUCACCUCCUGUCUGUGUCUCUCUGUCUGUCUCUGUCUUGGUCUGGUGCCUUCCUUCUUGGCAUGCCAUCGUGGAGGGCUUGGCCGGGUAUAUAUAAAUGUCCUCUCUGCUGGGUGUUUCUGCUGCAGGUGGCAGGUGGCCCCAGGCCUGUUUGGAGGAUGGGCUGGGUGGGUGGUUGGGGAAAACCAGGCCCAGCCCCACGUGGCCCACAGACGGUGCUCUGUAAAUAGUUGUUAUAAUUUAGCUGAAUGUUAGCAUUUUAGUCUUUGGCAUUUUACUGUUUGGGAGGUAGAUUAAUAAAGUAUAUUCCUUCAAGCCUGCUGUUGGUACCAUGAAGACUGGGAGCCUCAGCCCUGGCCCUGUAGCUGUGUGUCUUGGGCCACCAGUGGGCUGGAGGAGCGAGGUUCUGUUCCAUCACCUGCAGCGCCUCAGGAGUACGGGGUGCAGGCUCCCACCCUCGGAGAUGCUACUGCAGUGGGUGCUUCCACUGCCUGGAUAAGCCGAGGAACACUUCAGUUACUGCCACGAUGGGGCAGGUGGGGCGCCUUCCUGUUUUUUGGGGUGCUCCCUGUUUGUAAAAGGGAGCUUGUUCAUUGGGAAAGACCUGGGUCUUGACACAGCCCUGCCACUUAGUCCCUUACUCUGUCCAUUCCUCAGGCUCCACCCUUGCCGCACAGGUGGCAAAUGGACUUGAGAAAAUCCAUGUGCUGGUGAAGCAUGAGGUCUAAGGGGUAAAGGUAUCCCUCGAGACCACCUUGGGACAGUGCUUGCAAGCUGCGAGAUGUUUCCCCAGCAAAGCCAGGCAGCUGCUAAUUAAAUGCUUAUCGCCAAUGAAAGCUGGCUGUGGUUCCGCCUGUGAGCAGACUGCUGCCUCCUGAAUGCAUACAUCUGCUACUCUAGCCCUGGGUUGCCAGACUAUGGCCAAAUCUAGCCGCGGUGGGUUCUUUAAAGUUUUAUUGGAACGCACGCAAUAGAAAUGUCCAUUUCUUUAUCUUGUCUCCAGUUGCUCUGUUCCAAGGGCAGCUAAGUUGUACAGCAGAGGCCCAUGUCCAAUAAAGCUGAAGAUGUUUACUAUUUGAACUUUUACAGAAGUUUGCCAACUUCUGCUUAAGGACAAAAAUAAAGCCUAAAUCCAAGAAUGCUUUUAAAAAUGAGGAAACAGUGGACACAAUAGAUGGAAGUCGAGAAGUUUCUACCCAUGCCAAGUAAAGCAUUUUAUGGUUCAUUCAGAUAUCUUGUGCAAUUCAAGUGUCUUCCACAUGUUCUCUGACUAGACAUUUGUAUUGAGUAAAUUGGCAAGUGUGUCUGUCCAAAACUGCAAUAUCAAAACAUCACUUAAAGCAUCUUUAUAUAGUGUGUUUAAGAAAAAGUUGUUAUUCAGCAGGAAGGUAAUUUCGGUUGGUCUGCAUCUUUACUCUCACUUGGUAUUGUCAGUUUCUUAUUUUAGCCAUUCUAGUAGGUGUGUACUGAUAUCUCAUCAUGGCUUUAAUUUGUAUUUCCCGGAUGGCUGAUGGUGAACAUCUUUUCAUGUGCAUUCCUGCCAUCUGUAUAUCCUUGGUGAAGAGUCUUCAAAUCUUUUAUCUUAAAAGUGGAUUGUUACAUUACUGUUGGGUUUAAGGAUCUUUACAUAUUAUGGAUACAAAUAUAUUGUCAGAUGAGUGCUUUGCAGUAUUUUCUCCCAGUCUGCAGCUUGUUUUUAAAAUUUUUUUUUUAAGAGAUGGGAUCUUGCUACAUUGGCCAGGCUGGUCUCGAAAUCCUGGCCUGAAGUGAUCCUUCUGCCUUGGCUUCCCAGAGUGCUGAGAUCGUAGGCAUGAGCUGCCAUGCUUGGCCCGGCUUGUCUUUUUGUUUACUUACCAGUGUUUUUCACAGAACAAAAAUUUUAAUUUGAUGAAGUCCAAUUAAUGAAAUUUUGAAAAACAGAGUGUGGUUUUUUUGUCCUGUCUAAGAAACCAUUGUCUAGUCCUAAGUCCUAAUUCUCUGCUGUUUUCUUCUAAAUGUUUUAUUUUACAUGUUACAUUUAGAUUUGUGAUCUAUUUUGAGUUAACUUUUUUAAAAGUAUGAGGUUUGUGUUUAGGAGCAUAUGGAUGAAUGUCUAGUUGUUCCAGCACCAUUUGUUGGAAAGACUGUCCUUUCUCUGCUGAAUUUCUUUUGUGUUUUGUCAGGAGUUAGCCAUAUUGGUGUGGGUCUAUCCUAGACGUUUUAUUUUCUCCCAUUGAGCUGUGCAUCUCUCCUUAUUGUCAAUAUCACAGAAGUCAAGAUGACUAUAGCUUUGUAGUUAAGUAUUAAAAUCUGGUAAUAUAA